AUGUUUUCCUUACGGGCAUUCGUUCGUCGAAUGUCGCAUCUUGCGGCUAGAUACACUGGCCAAGGGGAUGUGCAUGUAGUUGAUCCAAAUGUUGAUCUCAGGUACAUUUUUGAAAAUGCGGGAAGACUCCGUAGAAGUCUUGAAGAGCGUCGGAGCGACAUAAAUAUUGCGGAUUUAAAGGAAAAAUAUGAGAAAUGGUGGACAAAAUAUGAAGCAUGGACCAAAGCAUCGAAAUCAGAUCAGUCAAAGGAAACACUAUCUGCCGCAAAGAAAGCUUUACGAGACGAACAAGCUGGUCUCUUGGAAACGUUGGCGCUUCCAAAUUUUGUGCACGAGGUUGGAAAACAGGAGAGACCCAUGUUAAAACCUUCAAAGCAUCGUGAUUAUCUUGUCCAGAAGGGUCAUAUGCGAGUUGAUAAAAACAUUGGCGUUGUUUACCUUGUGGGCUAUCCUGUGUUGAUACGAAAUAGUUUGAAGUGA